CCGGUGGAGAGGAGCCUCUUCAAGCUGGUUGCGACCGUGUCCUCCAAGAACGAACCAGUUCAGAAAUACGUUCAAGGAGCGAUCACUCAAGACAAAGCAGCUCAAAGUCUGCGACCCUCUUUAGGAAGCACUCAGCGAAUCAUUCAGGAACUCCGUUCUUACAAGCAAGUGAAAAGGAAGGAAAACCGUUAUCGUGUAAUAGCCAGCCAUCGACCUAACUGUACUGAAACAGUUGCAGCUGGCAUAAAUGGCGAGGCAUCAAUUGAUGGUGACGGAUCAGACUCUGAAGCAGUGGAAGAUGCUUCACAAAAGGAGGGCGGUGCUGUCGAUAAGAGUUCGGACUGCUGUGGGAAAUUCCAGUUGUUUGAUAUUGAACAAGAGGAGGAGGUGGAAGACUCCAGCGUAACUGCUGCAAACCCACAGACAACUGAUCCAGAUGUGAUUCUUUGCAAUGCAGUAGAGAUGAUCCGUGAGCGUUUAAAUGUUUCUGAAGAUGGUAAAAAAGUAGAACACUGUGAGAAAGAAGAUGACUAUGUUUAUGACAUCUACUAUAUGGAAACAUCAGCCCCUGGCUGGAUCCAAAAUAUCCUUUAUGUACAGCCCUAUAGAGAAGAAUAUGAACUGGUAGAUGAUGAUCAUGUUCCAGGGGAAAUAUAUGAAGAUGAAGAUGAUGAAAAUGAUGAGAAUAACUGGCGUAAUGAUUAUCCUGAUGAAGAUGAAUUCUUACCUGAGGAAGAUGGUGAUGGAGAAAAAGACUCUGAAGAGAGCUUCAGCGAUGAGGACCAGUGUUACAGGAGAAGAACAUGGAACAAAUACCGACAGGAGGUUCUACAGGAAUUUGGAUACGAUGAGAUCCAGGAUUUGGAUUCUGACUAA